UCCAAAUACAGUUCAAUGAGCUUCAGUCAGUGUGAGGAUCGGGCUGCUCUUCUCUGCUGGGAAUCCUGUAGGAGUUUGGGAAAAAACUGCCUCGAGUAGCCGGACAUCACUUGUAUCAGAGAUGAACAAGCCUCGCUUCACGUUCUGCUGAAGGGGCUCAUUCUCUCUCUUUCCCUCUCUGUUUGACCCUUUGGAUUCCUUGUGGGGAUUUUUGCCUCGUAUAAAGAAGGGUUUAUCUCUAGUUUUGUGCGAUCCCCUUCGGCUAUAGACAAGCGGAGUUCCAUGAGCUUUAAUGACACCGGCUUGCACGGGACAGCUGCUCGCAUCCCUCUCUUUGGAUUAUUAAUGGGACUUUACAUGAGCUAGUCGGACUACUGCGCUGCCUGAUCCCGAGGCUGAUUUACAGCUGCUUCUGUAUGGCUCUGUGCAUUCCCGUAUCUACUGGAUUUGGCCUAUAGGAUGCUUUUUAUAAAGAAGGAUUAGGGAUGAUUCACAGGAGCCAUUCUGUGGGGGUAACGCUGCCGGUGAAGUAAAACGUAAAGACUUUGCGCUAAACUACUAUGAGGUCAGAAGUGUUGCUGCUAUACUUCACGAUACUACAGUUUGCUAGGGCAGGAUUUCCAGAAGACUCAGAGCCUAUCAGUAUUUCACAUGGCAACUACACAAAACAGUAUCCGGUAUUUGUGGGGCAUAAACCAGGACGAAACAGCACACAGAGACAUAAGAUGGACAUCCAGCAGAUCGUGAUAAUGAACCGGACUCUAUACAUAGCCGCUCGGGACCACAUCUACACAGUCGAAUUGGAGACGUCACACACAGAGGAAAUCUUUUUCAGUAAAAAACUGACAUGGAAAUCUAAACAGUCUGAUGUAGACACCUGCAGAAUGAAGGGGAAGCAUAAGGAUGAAUGCCAUAAUUUUAUUAAGGUCUUGCUAAAGAGGGAUGAAGAUACAUUGUUUGUCUGUGGAACUAAUGCUUUCAAUCCUUCCUGCAGGUACUACAAGAUGGAUACGCUUGAAUUUCUUGAUGAAGAAAUAAGUGGGAUGGCAAGGUGCCCAUAUGAUGCAAAGCAUGCCAAUGUGGCAUUGUUUGCAGAUGGCAAGCUUUACUCUGCAACCGUGACCGAUUUCCUUGCAAUCGAUGCUGUCAUUUAUAGAAGUCUGGGGGAUGGUCCAACCUUGCGCACUGUCAAAUAUGACUCCAAAUGGCUGAAAGAGCCAUACUUUGUACACGCUGUGGAUUAUGGUGACCUUAUCUACUUCUUCUAUCGUGAAAUUGCAGUCGAAUACAACAGCAUGGGGAAGGUGGUUUUCCCAAGAGUAGCCCAGGUGUGCAAAAAUGACAUGGGGGGAUCUCAGAGGGUACUUGAAAAACAGUGGACAUCUUUCCUAAAAGCUCGACUGAAUUGCUCGGUUCCUGGGGAUUCCCAUUUCUAUUUCAACAUUUUGCAAGCUGUUACAGACGUCAUUCAUAUCAAUGGCCGAGACGUUGUCUUGGCUACUUUUUCAACACCGUACAACAGCAUCCCCGGCUCUGCUGUUUGUGCCUAUGAUAUGGCUGACAUCGCUAGUGUAUUCACUGGGAGAUUCAAAGAGCAGAAGUCCCCAGAUUCAACAUGGACCCCAGUUCCAGAUGAACGAGUGCCGAAGCCAAGGCCAGGCUGCUGUACUGGAUCUGCAACUGUAGAAAAAAUAACAAAGUCAAAUGAACUUCCCGAUGAUACUCUUAAUUUCAUUAAAACCCAUCCCCUCAUGGACGAGGCCGUGCCUUCAGUAAUAAACAGACCUUUAUUUCUCCGGACCAUGGUUAGGUAUCGGUUAACCAAAAUAGCAGUUGACACGGCAGCUGGGCCAUACCAGAACCAGACAGUCGUUUUCUUGGGAUCAGAGAAAGGCAUUGUUCUCAAAUUUCUGGCAAGAACUGGAUACAGCGGCUUCCUUAGCGACAGUCUCUUUUUGGAGGAGAUGAAUGUUUACAACUCAGAAAAGUGUAGCUUUGAUGGUGGAGAUGACAAAAGGAUCCUGGGGAUGCAGCUUGACAAACACAACAAUGCUCUGUAUGUGGCUUUCUCCACCUGUGUGAUUUCAGUUCCCCUGGCAAGAUGUGAUCGUCAUACAAAGUGCAAAAAGACUUGCAUUGCUUCCAGAGACCCAUAUUGUGUUUGGUUACGGGAAGAUGGGACAUGUUCACAGCUGUCAACUGGUACUAAAGUGCCAUUUGAGCAGGACGUAGAGCAUGGCAAUACAGACGGCUUAGGCGACUGCCAAAAUUCUUUUGUGGCAUUGAAUGAAAUUGCAACUUCUUCACCUCCAGAUCAGGAAAUAUAUUACCACACAGUGUAUGAUCCCAGCACCACUUCCAACUCAAGAGUGCACGAGGGAUACGAUAGGGGAAGCAUGCUGGAUUGGAAGGACCUCUAUGACUCCUCUGAGAAUACAGAUCCUCACAUCGCAGACUCUUUUCAUAAUCACCAAGACAAAAAGGGAGUGAUUCGUGAAAGUUAUCUCAAAGGUCACAAUCAACUUGUUCCUGUUACCCUUUUGGCCAUUGCUGUUAUUCUUGCUUUUGUCAUGGGUGCAGUCUUCUCUGGAAUUAUUGUAUACUGUAUCUGUGACCAUCGUCGAAGGGAUAUUGAUGUUGUCCAAAGGAAGGACAAAGAUAUGAGUCGUUCACGCAGAGGCUCUAUGGCAAGUGUGACCAAACUAAGUGGACUCUUCAGUGACAAUCAGUCCAAAGAGUCAAAGCCAGAGGCUAUCCUUGCGCCUCUGAUGCAUAAUGGGAAAAUUGCUACACCUAGUACAACUGCUAAAAUGUUAAUUAAAGCUGAGCAACAUCAUCUUGAUCUUGCAGCUUUACCAACUCCUGAGUCCACACCAACUUUGCAACAGAAGAGAAAACCCAGCAGGGGCAGCAGAGAUUGGGAAAGAAACCAAAAUAUUAUCAAUGCAUGUACAAAAGACAUGUCUGCUAUGGUGUCCCCAGUAAUCCCAACUGAUUUGCCACUUCAUGCAUCACCAAGUCAUAUUCCCAGUGUUGUUGUCCUUCCUAUAACCCAGCAAGGUUAUCAACACGAGUAUGUGGACCAGCCAAAACUAACAGAGGUGGCUCAAAUAUCUAUUGAAAACCAGAGCUCCACCCUAGAAUACAAAACAAUAAAGGAACACCUUGCCAGUAAAAGUCCAAACCAUGGUGGAAAUUUGGUGGAAAAUUUAGACAGUAUUCCACCAAAGGUACCACAAAGAGAAGCAUCUUUAGGUCCUCCAAGUUCUUCAGUGUCCCAAAAUGGAAUGGGCAAACGUAUAGACAUACACUCAUCUGCUUACAGUAUGGAUUACAAGAGAAACUAUCCAACAAACUCUCUCACAAGAACUCACCAGACAUCACUCAAAAGAAAUAACACAAAUUCUUCCAAUUCUUCUCAUCUCUCCAGACAUCAGAGUUUUGGUAGAGGGGACAACCCACCUCCUGCUCCACAAAGAGUAGACUCUAUACAUUUCAGUGCUGCUCAAGGGCAGGCAGUGACUUUAACAAGGCAGCCUAGUAUCAAUGCCUAUAACUCUCUCCCAAGAUCUGGUGUGAAACGCACACCAUCCAUAAAACCAGAUGUACCACCCAAACCCACAUUUUCACCACUUUCAUCAUCCAUUACAUCCAACGAUGCAUGUACAUAAUUGUGGUAGGAAGGUGCAACACUAACUAAGCAGACUUUGCCAUUUUGAGCCAGUGUACUGCAGUUUUACUCAAUGAUCUCAGAUUUUCAAGAAGGCUAUAUUGUUAAGCAAAGGACUCUUUGGAAAAGAAAGUGAACUAUUUUCUUAUGAAAAAAUGUGAUGUAUGAUUUACAUUUACAACUGUAGGACUCUCGCACGAUCUGGACAGUUGUUACUGUUAUUAAAUACAAACAUCACGACCAAUGAGCCAAAAGCACAACGAUGAAUGUCGAAUGCCGCUUCACCUCCUUCAAUUCAUGGACUGGUAUAGGAGGGUGAAAGAUAACAAGGAGGAGAACUGUCUUCAGAGACCUGUUGUCUCAAGAUUAAUAAUGGCAGAAGUUUACUAUGUGCAGAUACUGUGAAAUGCCCAUCAGUGUUACAGCCACUUGGUUAGCCGAUGAAUGCCGAACUGGGCACAGCUACAUGAUAUCUCUGCUACUCUUCUCUUGUCAGUGAAUAACAUGUGACCAUUAACAAUAGUAACUUCAAUUAUUUAUUGUUCAUUUUGUCUUUCCUAAGGAAAUGACUGUCCUGCAAAUCAUUCUCUGAGCAGCUCUGCAGGCAAAAAGACAAUGAACUUGAUUCCUAUUUAACAUGAUACUGCUAACUGGAGUAGUUGAGCUCUUUUAUUACAAAUUUUUCCCAAUAGAUUGGCAGAGGAAAUAAAUUGGGCUGGCAUUACAAACUUUUUUUUUUUUAUGUUUUCAUUUACCUUUCUCUUCAUUUUCAUUUCUUUCCUUGGCUGCCACUAAGUUUAAUUCUAAAACUUUCAGUUCUAGGUAUGAGUAUGUAUGUGACUUACUGUUCUAGAAUAUGUUGCACAUUCAUCCAGGUCUGAUAGGAUUCAAAGGGGAAUAUUUAUUUUCAUUGAUUUUAAGAAUUCAUUGGCUGGUCCUUUGACUUUUUUUAAAGCAGCAAGUGUUAGAACAUCCCUAUAGUAAAUCUAGGACUUCUCUGCACAGACCAUAGUUGUAAACAUGGCUUUGUCAGUAGUGAUUUUUUUUUGUGUGAAAAAGGCACCAGCUGAUGUUGUGCCAUUCCAUCUCCUGUUUGCAUGUAGUUUGGUAAUCAAUCCAGCAAUGAUGUGAACUCUGUAAUAUGCCAGCUUUUAAAUCAUCCAUAUUAAUUAUGGUCUUAUCUCGCAGAAUCUUCAUAGAAUUCCUUCUGUGAAGAACAUUUCUUCCACAUGUAAAUUUGUGCCUUACACCCUCAGUUGUGUUAACUGUAGUUCUUAUAAAUCCACCCUUCAGAAAGCUAUUUAUUUGCUUUUCUAUCCUUAUCCCCACCACUAAAUGUAGUACUUGCCAGAUAUUAGGAUUAAGAAUGUAGCAGGUAUAUAUAGCUCCAUGAUUCCUCCCUGAACAUCUGGCAACACUACAAGCUGUAUUUUAUGUAAUCCUUCUGGAUGUGCCAAUUCUGUCUCUAAACCACUCUUUGUUAUCAUGCUAGCAGUAUGUACACUAUCGUGGGUGGCCUAUUCCCUUCUACUCUCCCUUUUUUACUAAACCAUAUCAUUACAGUAUGGUUAUUAGCAUCAGCUAAUGUACCAUUUUAUUGUUGGGUGUGAUCACUGGAUGUAAAAUAGAUUUAGAUUGGCUGAUUUCCAAUGGAAAAGCCCUUAUCAAGUCUGUUGUGCUCAAUGGUUGCAUUAUGGAAUGUGAUUGGCCAACUUCCAUAAGAAAUACCCUUCCACUUUUGAUACCUUCCACUCCAUAUAUAUGUACAGUCUGGAAUGAAUUGUUAACAGCAGGCUGGCUCCUGCUAUGAUUGAAUUUUGGUUGGUUGGAAUUAGAAAAAAAAAAAUCCCAUUUGUCAGUCAAUAAUUUUACUUUUUUUUUAUCCCCUUAAUUUCUUUAUACAGAAUCUUUUUUUUAAAAAAUGAACAGACCAUUCACUUUUACAAGAAAAUUUACAAGAGACAAAAAAAUAUUUAAACCUAUUUUGUCUGAUUGUUUGAUUCAAAUAAACAAUAUAAAAUCCACUGAUAUGUGAUUUUUAGUAAAUCAGUAUGGAAGUGUAUAACAAGGGUGGUUGCAGAUCAUUGUGUUUCUACUUCUGUUUUGUCAUCCUUAAAAUAUUUCUUAUUUGGUGAGGGCUAUCCUUCUAGAUUUCCAAAAAACAAAACAGACCAUAUACUCACCAGGGCUUGCCUCUUCACAGUGCCCACUGUAGACAUUAUUUAAGAACACUGCUCUAAUUGACUCAUUCCAAUUGUUGCUGUAAGGCUUAGAAGCUUUUCUUUAAAAUACAAAUGGAUAUAUGUCUACCCUGUUUUGCCUCUUCCCAAGCAUCUGUGGAACAAUGUCCCUCUCUUUGAGAGAAGGGCUUGUAGUCCUGCAACAGUAGGGAGGCCACAGGUUGGACCUUCAGUUGUCAAAAUAAUCCCUUAAAGAUAUGCUAUCAAACUCUUGCAGUGCCUUACUACUCCAGGUGUCAAAAUUGCAAAUUCAGACCCUACAGUUACGGAAAGUUAUUACAUUAAACUCUGCUUCUAAUGCUUGAAAACAACAUUUAUAAUUGUUGCUGCUUGAUUGCUAUUGAAUGGCAGAAUAGGGAAUAACCUGGAUAAGCCUCUAUUGACAUGGACUUGUCUCCUCUCUUUCCAUUUUCUAAGCAUCUGCUGCACACAGCCAAAUCAUUAUUUUUGUUUGAAAAGAAGAGUUGUUGUGUCUCUUCUACAUGUUUUAUUACAUGUUUACACCUUUUUAUUGGCCAUAGAAAGACACCAAGUUAUACCUAUUGUUCUCCAUAGGCUAAGGCAUGGAUCCUAUAACUACACUUAUGUAGCUUUCUGGUAAGAGUUGUCCGACUUUCCUUGUAUACCACAAAGUAAGAUAUGAGUCUACAUAUAAUCUUAUUAAUGACUGGUAGACUGCACUUGACACUGGCAGCAGUCUCUCUCUGUGCCUUUCCAUCAACUGUUGCCCCUAACCAUCUACCCCAUCCUUAGAACUUAACGUUCAGACAUUGGCAAUGUGUUUGUCUUACAAAUGGCAAUUUUCCAGCACUAUAUUAGGUUCGUUCACAAAGUGAUUCUUUAAUCUUGAUCAAUUAAAAGUAAUUACAUUUACGACAAGCUGUUUCCAUGCAUAACUGCCAUUACUGCAUUGCUUUGGUGUAUUUUUUUCUUGACCCAAGAAUGGCAUACAUGUGUUAUAAUAAAAUACAUUAAGCAGUGUUCUUAUUAUCUUCAGUACUUUUAAUAUUUCAUAGUUACAUUGGUAAUUUUUUUAUUCCAGACUUGUAUCCAUAAACCUACAUGUGCCUUUCCUUUCCACCCUUGCGAUACACUGACGAAUAGUUGGAAACUGAAUCUGACUUAUAAUUGUGUACUGUUGUAAAAUAUUGUGAUGUCAUAAACUUUUUUCUUCACCUUCACAUCCCUUAACAUCUGAUUCACAAAUUAAUGUAUGUUGUACAAAAAAGGGAUACAAUUCUUUAUUACAUAAGGUAAUAAAACAGACUGUUCAAAAUUUGUUUUUGGCUUUUGUGUGUUAACUGCUAAAGUAUUUUUUCCUGAAAAUCCAAAAUGAAAGCUAUGAACUGCAAAAGUUAGUCAUUAUAGUUAAGAAAAUGGAAACCGUUUUGUUAUGCCCAGUGCAGCAGAAUCAUUGUACACUUGUUCACAAGACAUUUUGUAAUUUAAAAACAAAAUUAAAUCGCAUAUUUGUA